AUGAAAUCAAAGAAAUUAAGUAAUAAGACAAAACCAACACAAAAGAAAACUAACCGAGUCAUUAAAGUAGUUGACGUAAAAUUUCCACCCGAUUUACAGGUGGAUUAUUUCAUUCAAGGAAAAAAGGAACGUUGCUUAAAGUUUCCUAAUGCUUUUAUGUUUUUUCGAUCUGUUUACAACCAAGAAUUGCGUAAUUUGAGAAUAAAAUUAUCACAAAGCGACGUUUCCGCGUCAGCCAGUUAUGUUUGGAACGGGUCUUCGACUGAAGUAAAAGACUUUUACAAUAAGUUUGCUUCUGAAGUAAGAAAACAGUAUUUAGUGAAAUAUCCGGUCGCAUACUUUCGUUGUGAAUAUCAAUCUGAAUCUAAAUCUAUGGUCAAUUCGAAAGAAAAAUAUGAAGAAAAUAUGAAGAAAUACAGUUUUAUUUCUGAAAACCAAAAAAUCGCGAAGAAAAAUUUUAUUCAAGAGACUUCACAUGCAAAAGAAAUCCCGAAACAAUUAGAUAAUUCCAUUUAUUCAUUUAUUGACUCAACAUCUUCGAAUGAUAAGAUUUUUACUGAGGAACCAUCUUUCUUUAAUAAUGAUAUAAUAUUAAAUAAUUUUAGUUAUGAAAACCAAGAUCA